CUAUUGGGCCUAAUAUUUUGCAUCGGCCCUUUUAUUUCCUGUGAAUGAUUGCUCCUAAAUUCUAGGGUUUUUGAUGAAAGUUAAACCCUGACUGGAAAUCCUCUCUCUCAAGGAAUCAGCCAUGAGCAGAUCGGGACAGCCACCGGAUCUAAAGAAGUACAUGGACAAGAAGCUCCAGAUAAAGCUUAAUGCCAACCGCAUGGUGGUUGGAACACUACGUGGUUUCGAUCAGUUCAUGAACCUGGUGGUGGACAAUACUGUCGAGGUGAAUGGAAAUGAGAAAACUGACAUUGGCAUGGUGGUAAUUAGGGGUAACAGCGUGGUUACUGUGGAAGCUCUUGAGCCGGUUAGUAGAGCACAAUAAACUGUACAUUGUUUGUGUAUGCAUCCAAUCUAAUAUGGGAUACUGCAGCUGUAGUGAUUUCAACAUUAUGCGACUUAUGUUAAUCGUCCAAACUAAAUAGCUUACCUAUUGUUUCUGAUUUCUAUGCCGGUGAAUGUUGGAGCCUUUCUAUAAAAUGCUGUGACUUGUAAAGAAUGAUUAUCUGCAUUUUGCGGUUGGAAUUCUCCUUUUUGAAUGAUACGCCAUAUUAUUGUA